AUGUCGGUCUCGCUCAGUCCCAGCAACACUCUAGGGUUCAAUAGACCUUUGACGGAACCGCGAAAGCAAACACUGAGUAUAUCGAAUCACAAUGCCCAACCUGUCGCAUUCAAGGUCAAGACGACCGCCCCGAAGUUGUACUGUGUGCGGCCGAACUCGGGAAGAAUAGAGCCUGGCGAGAGUGUUGACGUUUCAGUAAUGCUUCAGGCAAUGAAGGAGGAGCCGCCCCUGUCUGCGAAAUGCAAGGACAAGUUCUUGAUCCAAAGUACCAUCAUUACCCCGGACAAGGAGACUAUGGCUCUCCAAGACAUUUGGAACUCUACAAGCGACAGCGAGCAAAACAAAAUCCAUCAGCACAAGAUUCGAGUCGUCUACUUGCCGCCAGAAGGUCAAGUGGUUGAGGAGGAGGACGAGGGCCACGCGGGCAUGAGCUCGAUGAUGAGUGUGCCGGACACGCGAUACGAAACCGUGCGUCAGCACCCUGCGACGAAUGGCCAUGCGGUAGAGCCGAUUGUUGAAUACACUGAAGCUCCUGUUGAGCAGCCCCCUGCACCCCCAGCACCAGAGCCCCAUCCAGACGAUGAUCUCUACCAGUCCGAACCUUCUGCACCAGCACCGCGGGAACCUUCCCCCGUACCUCCCUCACCCGUGCAAACGCAGCCCGUCAUUGUCUCCACGCCCGAUCCGAAUGCAGAGCUCCUUGCCAAGUAUAACGAAGCACAAGCCGAGAUUAAUCGGCUACGUGCACUGCUGGCUGCUAUGCCUGAACCUAGUUCGCUCCCCACCACCACCAGCAAUGGUGACUCGGUAGCUCCUACAGAACUGCGGAAGCGCGGUCGGGCGUUAUCGGAUGCGACGAGCACCAUGGCUGGGUCACUGGGUCCCGAGACAGAGAUCGGUACAUUGGUGGACGAGAACGUGCCUCCCCCAGAAGGUGUGCCAUUACAAGUGGUCAUCAUCAUCGCGCUCGGUGUCUUCAUCACCACCUAUCUAUUCUUCUGAGGUCCUUAUCGUAUCCCAUGACUUCGCGGACAUAUAUCCUCGUGCCGUGCUAGUCUCCUCUAUUCUUCUUUCCGUAGUUGCAUAGUUGGUUGCGUAAUUAUAUCACUAUACAUUUCAGCAGUCUUCCUCGUUCUUGCGGGCGCCGUGCGUUGUUUAUGCGGUCUUUUCACCGUUACCUUUCUGUAUAUAUGUAACACUUCCUGCCAUCCGCCACACGCGUCUACAUCCCAUAGAUGGGUAACUUUGUGUCCUUGCUCCGAUAUUAUAUUCUCUGCUUUUUGCGUGGUGCUCUUUCUCGGCUUGCUUUCGGUGUGUGGAAUCAUGACAUAUAUCCUUGGUGGAUGGAGGAUGGAGGAUGGUGGAGUACUGCCUGUGACUAUCCACACCGAUGACCUCUUACGCAUAGGGCUGUCUCCUUAAAUAUAUUUAUAUCAUCUCCGU